AUACCACCCAGCAUCAGGCAUUUCAUUAUAAUUCCAAAGACGGCGCACAAUAGUCAUAAGCAAACCGUCCAAAAAGCCAAAGUAGAAGCACAUGAUCCCAUAAGCCAUAAUGGAAGAAACCGCAACCAUAUUGGCUGCACUCUCCGCCCUCCCUCCUCCUCACCUCUCCGAUCUCAUCCACUCCAUCGCCUCCGUCGUCCACCACCACCACCUCCGCCUCGCCUCCGUCCUCUCUUCCCAAUCCCUCUUCUCCCUCGCCCUCCAUUACCUCCACUCUCUCUCCCUUCCCCAAAAGUCCCUCCUUAUUGCCCGCCACCUCCUCUCUUUUCUCCACAUCCUCACGCGCCACCUCCAACCGCCGCCUCCUCCAUUAUCUGCCCUCACGAGACAGCGUGACCUCGACGCCGUUCUGCUGCUCCUCUUAUUCUGCGAUGCCCACCAGCACCACCCGCAAGCUCUCGAAACGCCAGUCUGCAAUUGGCGCAGAAAUCUGAGCAGGCUUUUCUCCGAUAAAUUGUUGGGGAUGUCUUCUACUUUUAUCGGGGAAUGCAGUGCCGCUAUUCUGAUUCCCUGUAUUGAGAUGGUAAUCCGGUGCCGGAGGCUGGUGGGUUCGAUGGACUGCGGCGGAGGAAAGGGUGGCGGGGAAGUGGCGGCGUCGAGGGCGGCCGUGGUGGCGCUGCCGCGAGUGGAGGUGAGAGCGGGUGGAAGGGAGUGCGUGAUAUGCAAAGAGGAGAUGAGAGUGGGGAGGGAUGUGUGCGAACUGCCAUGUCAGCACGUGUUUCAUUGGAACUGCAUAUUACCGUGGUUGAGUAAAAAGAAUACGUGUCCCUGCUGCAGGUUCCGGCUACCGUCCGAUGAUGUGCUUAGAGAGAUCCAACGGCUGUGGGAGGUCUUGGUCAAAACGUGUGGGGCAGAGUUGGGGGAUUGAAUCUGGAGACACCAUAGGGGCGGGGCCCACGGAAUGGGUGAAUAGCGAAGGCUCGUGUUUGGUCCUUGCUCGUUUGCUUGUUGGAUACGACUAUUAAUUUUGGAGGUUUGCGUGCAUGGUGUAUACUGUACUGUAUAGAUAGAUGCUCGUGUGGUUAAGGGGAGAAACGCAAUUUAAAUACGUCCAAAUCAACGAGAUAGGCUCAAUUGUGUUUUAAAUUAUUGGGUCCCCACUUCCCCGUAACGGAUAGUGUACGUGGAAAUAAAUUGUAGGGCAAUUUACAUCCUAGCCUUCUACAAAGUGUUAGGAGUAGCACGUUUUAGAGCUUGCUCAUGUUGAGACCUUCGGUUUUUUUUUUUUUUUUUGUCCGCCAUGAUUAUGUGAGGAGUUAAUUUUGUAUUUAUUGCUGAUUUUCUGUGUGGCUCAUGAUUCAUGGGGUACCAUUCAAGUCAACAAAUGAAUCCAGGUCUCGAAUUAAAAUGCCUUGAAA